CUGCCGGCGUUCGCGUCACAGGAUCCGCGCCGGAAACUCGCUUUCAGUUGCAGGGUUAACAGCCCCUCGUGCUCAGUACCCUUCAGUACCCUAAAGGAAGUAAAGCUCUGCUCGCCCACCGCUGGGGAUCUGCAGGCUCCGCGUCCACGAGCUUCAGUGCCCAUUUGGAUAUUCAUACUCAGAGAUGGCAACAAAGGCAUCAUCAUCGAAAAUUACUGAGGCUUGGUUUUCUCAUCCAGUGUAUGCAAGAUACUGGCAGCAUUAUCAUCAAGCCAUGGCUUGGAUGCAAAGGCACCAGCACGCCUAUCAGAAGGCCGUGGAGUCUUAUUUCAGUUGCCUGUGGCCCCUCUCUCCCUCAGCUCUUCCCCAGAGCUCUUACGCCUACAAGGGUAGAUCUGCUCAGUCCUCCUAUGACCAUCACUUGGCCUCUCAGAACUCACGCUAUGGGCAUUCAGGUCCCAGAAGAGCCAGGCAGCAUCCACGUGAUAGCACAAGAAGAGACCAAGCUUGGCUAGCAGAGGACGAGAUGGAGAGCGAGUCAGAUGGGGGAGUGGAAUGCGACCUGAGCAACAUGGAGAUCACCGAGGAGCUCCGCCAGUACUUUGCAGAGACCGAGAGGCACAAGGAAGAGCGACGGCGGCAGCAGCAGCUGGAUGCCAAGCGCCUGGAGGACUACGUGAACGCGGACCACGACCUGUACUGCCACAGCCACCGCUCAGUGGAAACCCCGGCCGAGAGGCCCGGCGAGCGGCGUCAGGCUGAGAUGAAGCGGCUCUACGGCGACAGCGCUGCCAAGAUCCAGGCCAUGGAGGCGGCAGUGCAGCUGAGCUUUGACAAGCACUGCGACACAAAGCGGCCCAAAUACUGGCCUGUCAUCCCACUGAAGUUCUGAGCCCCAGCCAGCCCCUUCCUUGUGUCUCAUUCCCCACCCCUCCUGGGCCUUUCCUCGGGUUGGGGGCUUUACGAGAAAUACCUGUGCUCACCAAAGUCCCAGGGGGCCUGUCAGGCAAUUGCCCUGUCAGCCCCUUGGAAGUCAGUGGGAUGUGGGCUGUUGCCAAAGCAGGAGAUUGUUUUUUUAACAUAAAAUGAUCUUCGGAUCAUUACCCUGGCUUUUCAUAUCAGUAAUAGUGUUCAGCACAUUAAAGUCCUCACUUAGAGAU